UUAUACAUAUGUGUUGUUAUUUAUGAUGUGUUUUUUUUUUUUUCCUUUUUUUGCUAAAUUACAGGGGAUCCGUAAGAGAAGAAGCACUAGCCAAAUUUAUAGAUGAAUUUAAGAAGAAAGUGCGAUAUGAAUUUGCCGAGAAUAUGUAAGUACUGUAUUUGGGUCUAUUAUUUUAAUAUAACUGGAAACUAACAAUAUUUAGGUAAGAAUUUUAUACUGAUUUAAUCAUUGGUGUAUGUUUUAUUCAGUUAUGUAACUUUAACACACCGAUGUGAAAAUUCGUUGAAGCGGGGUUCUGCUUUGGAGAUUGAUCUAGCUCUACAACUUCUAGGUUUGUACAUAUUUCCAUUAAUAAUACACUAGUGACACACAUCUCGAUUAGUUCCACCAAGGCUUGUCCAUUAAAAUUACGCUAUUGACGCAUAUCUCGAUUAAUUCCCCCUGAUACCUACUACCGGCACAAGUACCAAGUGAUUCUGUCGACCAAGGGAUGGACAGAGUUCUCUAUAAUGGAUAAUUCUAACAAUAAAUGAUUGGGGUGCAGGAUUGUUAGCAAUAACAGUUGGGGCUGGAGAUAAUGCACAUGAGAUAUAUGAAGAUGCACUAGGGUUUCUUCCUAAAGUCCUCAAAACCAAAUCAUCAAACUCCAUCAAGGUAUUAGAAUGUUUGGCUAUUGUCACCUCUGUUGGUGCCCAAAACAGUGAUGAAACAGAGAGAUCCAUGGAGAUUAUAUGGAAAUUCAUCCAUGAAGAGUCAGAAUCCAAAGUUAUACGAAAACAUCCACCAAAUGUAGUUGCUUCAGCAAUAUCUGCCUGGUCUCUCCUCCUAGCAAAUAUAAAUGGAUGGUGUGUUAAUCACAAGAAAUGGAAAGGGUUGAUCCCAUAUUUGCUGAAAAAAUUAGAGGAAGAUUAUGAUGAAAAUGUCAAUGCUGCUUGCAUAGAGGCACUUGGUCUAAUUUUUGAAAAUGGCAGCCUUGAGAAAUUUUCAAAUGAAGCAGAAAAUUAUGCAAAUUUAAAAGACUUGAAAGAAGACAUAAAGACAAGAGCAUCGAGUGUCACAAAAGAAAAUGCUGAAAAACUUCUCGAGGGUAGUGAUAAGAAAAUUAUCCUCACUAUAUGUGAAACUAGAUUGACCUUAAGCACUUUUUCACUUGUGAAGCAGAUUAAUUACAUAAAAACAUGUCUGGGAGACGGCUUUGUAGAGCACAUGAGGGAAAACGAGCACCUCCAUAAUAUUUUUCGUUUUGUGCCACAAACAAUUUCUAGUGUCGACGAUGAAAAAGAUUUGUUUGAACCAGCAUCUGAAAAGGUGGUACUUCGGGUUUUUGCACCUGAAAUUAGAAGGAAAGCUUGCGCAAAGAGGAUUUCCAUGUCACCUAGUUCUUUCAUGAGCAAGGGAAGGACUCAAUUGAGGAACAAACAGAGGAUGCUUGCAGAGGAGGCUAAGUAUGGAGACUAUGGAUUUGAUCAAGAGUUUGAUUACUAGUUCAAUUACUUAAUUAGAAACUCUAAAAUUAAAUCAUCAGCCUGUCUCUUUACUCCAGCAUUGAAACACUUUCUUGUGCUAAAUCGAAUUGAAAGUGACUUCUUCAUGUGAUUUUUCUUUUCACGUUUUGUCACGUCAGUGAAGUACUAUAGAUGUUACUCUGAAUUCUUUAAUUUGAAUUUUUGCCUCAGAAAGGGGUUUCAUUUUUUUGGUA